AUCACCAGUUGAUGAUAUAUCCAUUACACCAGUAGAAAGCAAGUUUUAUAUUGAAGAUCUGAUCAGAUCAGGUACUCUAGAGCAGUGGUGUAAAGAAGGUGUUAUGAAGCUGACACUUACUCGUGUACUCAUGAUUGGUCCUGCUGGAUCUGGUAAAACUUGUGCACAACAUCUCCUGCUUAAUAAACCACCACUGAAGCAAUCAACCUAUUCUCAAACUGAUUCACAAACCAAUACUCCCUCAGCCACUAUCUCACCACCUACUGAUCCUGACAUCUCUUCAGAUUCCAAAGCUGAAAUACAAUCAUUUGGCCUCACUCCUCAUUCUAUAGUCUUUAAGCCUGUCAAUACUGACAGUACACCAAUAGCUUGUAAAGCUAUCAGAGCUCUUAGAAUAGCUUUUGCUGGUGAAGAGACAUGGAAGGAAAUUACCACAGAUGAAUUGCGGGAGAAAUUAGCAUCAAGCUUAAAAGAAGCUGCAGAAAAUGCUGCUCAACAAAAGCAAAGUGAAUCGUUAUUAGUUGUGCCAUUUUUAAAAGAAUCAGAGGAUAAGCAAGAAGAAACACCAGAGGAGCAUGACAAUCCUGUUUCUAAGGAAACUGCUGAUUGUGAAGCACCAAGACCUGGGGAUGAAUUUAAGAAAAUUGCUGAUCUUCUACCUAAAGCAGGAGCUCAGUUAAGUGAGAAGUGGGUGUACAUUGUUGACUCUGGUGGUCAACCAGCAUACCAAGAGCUGCUACCAGUGUUUACUAGAGCAGCUACUCUUAAUGUCAUCACACUUGAUAUUUCUAAAGGCAUUGAUGAGGAGUUUGAGUUUAUGUAUCGAAUUAAUGGACAAGAAUUUAAAUGUGAUGAGAAAAUGAAAUACUCAAAUCGCAAAAUAUUCAAUUCCGUUGUUUCAUCAGCAUCAGUUCAAAAACGAAUUGAUAUCCCAUUUGUGAAACAUCAGCCUAAACACUCAAUGUCUUUUGUUCUGGGUACUCAUUAUGAUGUACUGAUUGAAAGAACCAAUGAAAAAGAUGCUGAGACAAAAGUGGUGGAGAUGAGUGACAAAUUAAUGUCUCCAACGAAUAUAUUGCCUCAUUUAGAAUGUCGUAUCAUUUCUAAAGCAUAUGGAAAUUCUGUCAUACAUCCAGUUGAUACACUACAAGAAGAUUUGGUUGAAAGGACAAAAAAUAGUAGAAAAAUUCUAGAGACAAUGUCAAAAUGUACAGAGGUUACCAUGGAAAUAGAAGUCCCAAUGCGUUGCUUUGUGUUUGAGCUCUACUUGGAAGAAAAGACAAAAAACAAAGGUUUUGUUACUAAAGAUGAAGUUAUUCAAAGUUGUAAGGAAGAUCUUUACAUGUCUGAAAAUAAUGUUGAAAUAGCUCUAAAAUUUCUUCACAAUAGCACAAUUAUUUUAUAUUACCCUGAAAUUGAACCACAACUUGUUUUUGUUAACCCUCAGAAAAUUCUUGAUGUUCUUUCCCAUUUGUUAGCUCUCACCUAUGUUGAUUAUCCAACAGCACAAUUACUGGCAACAAAUGUAACUGAAUCUGAGAUGAAGCGUCUUAAAAAGGCAGGCCUUUUUGAGCAAGUUAUUCUUGACAAGUUUAAAAAAGUAUUUUCAGAUGACUUUACACCAGGCUACUUCAUUAAUCUGCUUCGACAUCUUCAUAUUAUUAGUAAAUUAAAAAGCCAGGACCAGGUUAGAGAUAGUUACUUCCUUCCUUCUGCUUUACCUGCCUACAAUAAUAACUAUGAUAUUACUAAUGUAACCACAAAGCCUCUUUAUUAUGUGUGGCUAGAACAGGAAGAUGAAUGGGAAUCAAAAAAUGCUGUCCUUGUUCCUCAAGGAAUUUUUAUCUUAUUUUAUGUUCAUUUGCUGGAACAGAGAGAAUACAAGGUAGAGUUUACUCGACACCCAAAGUAUCGUGAUGCCUUGUCUCUUUGGAUCUACAUUGAAGGAAAGCGUUGCACACUCUAUUUUAUCAAUAAUCGCUCCAAUCAUAUUGAAAUAUAUUUCAAUGGUCCUAAGAACUAUUAUUGUCCACAAGUCCGUGAGCUCAUUACCACAACUAUUAAUAAAAGUUCUGAUGCCAUCAAUGUUAAACGGAAUCAUGCAAACGCAUUUCCUUGCCCAACUGAGAAAGAGCAUUGCUAUUGUGUUGUAGAUGAAGAGUAUCAGGUAGCAAAUUGCAUAUUGUGUGAUUCAAAUGAUAUCAGUGAAAAAGAUGAGACUUACUGGUGCUGGUUUGGUCUUAAACCUGACUCUGGCUUAGCAGAUAUAAAGAAAGAUAGUUUAUUGAACACAACACAUUUACAUGAUGUACGAAUGUUGCUUAAAGAGGGUGGAUUUUCAAAUGCUGAAUGGUUUGACUUUGGCCUUGGUUUGGGUUUAUAUUAUGACACACUGAAGACCAUCAAGGCAGAUUAUCCACGAGAUACUAAUGGGUGUGUUAGAGAGUGUCUGGUGAAAUGGUUGGAGAAAGCUGAUGAUGUAAAUGAAAAAGGAGGAGCAAAAUGGAGCACAUUAAUUAAAGCUCUUGAAGAUUAUAAUCAAAGCUCAACAGCUGAUUACAUCAGAAGCAAAACAUUGAAAUGAAAAGCUGAUGAAGAACAAUGCACAAGUUGCAGAAGUAUAUUAGACUAAUGUUAUUAAAUACAAUGAACUGGACUCGUCUUUUUCCUAAGUAAAAUAAUUAUAAUGUAGUAGUAAUAGCUAGUUGCAUACAAUUUACAUA